AUGACAACGAUGACCACUAUUUUGACCACAAGUACCCAAAUAGUUGUAUGUGGAUUUUGUUGUAUAGCAACAAUGUUUGUAAUACUUUAUAUUUUUGAAGCAGGUAUAAUUUAUGCCACAUUGGGUUUACCGGUUUAUGAUUUUUUUAAUUGGCAAUAUCAUGGUCCAAAAGUUAUCGGUUGGUGUAUUUUAGUGAUUUUGGGUUUCGCAAUUUCAUAUGUUAUAACAGUUUGGACACAUAUAUUUAGAGAUUCUCUUGGAAAAGAAUAUCAAGAUAACAUGGAUAAGAAUCAACAAAUUGCACGUGAUAAUGCAAUGGAACAAAGUGCACCUAGAGUAGUAGUAGAUACUUUUGUAUUAAAUUGA